AUGACCAGUGUGAUUCUAAGUACAAGGGGAGCAACAGCAAAGAUACGACAUCUCAUGAAGGACAUUUCCAAGCUAGUGAAGGUUGAAGAGGAGCAGAAAUGGGACAUGGGGAAAGACUACAGGGAGCUCAAGAAUCUGAUUGAAAUGAAUGAAUGCGAUUCGAUGCUUUUCUUCCGAUCGACCAAGAGAUCGGAUGAUUUAUGGAUAGGAAUACUUAACGGAAUGUCUGUUCUAUUCAGGAUGCAUAACGUGUUUACUAUGAAGGAUUGCAAUUUUCCUGUGAACUCUUUUAGGGAUUGUGGAUAUGUCCUGAUGUUCAGCAAGGAGUUUGACGAGAUAGAGCAUCUGAGAUGUGCAAAGAAUGUCAUAGAUCACGUUUUCCAGUCCAAUGAGAUAAAGGACAAGGCGCUAUGUUUUUUCUAUCUUGAUGGAUUUAUUUGGGUUCGAUGCUACAAAAUAGGAAAGAAACUGGAAGAGAUUGGGCCCAGAUUUGUUCUUGAAGUUCUUAAGGUAUUUGAAAAGUGUUUUGAAGGAAAGGUUCUAUACAAAGUUGAAAAAAGGGAUUGCCCCGUAGAAAAGGACUCUGAUUAA